ACGAAAUCUAAAGGAAUAUUGUGAAAGAAGGAAAAAAUAAAAAUAUUAAAAUGGCGCGGGAUGAGGAAGAAGGAGAUGAAAUCCACAAUUCUUUUAAAAAAUUAAAGAUUGAUCCGGAAUGGGAGAAAAAUGAAGUGACUGAAAGGGAAGAGAAUGAUUGUAUUGAUAUCAACAAUAUUUGGUUAGGGGGUUCUUCAACAUCAACUUGUAAACAGAAAGAUUCAUCAACAAAACGUCCAAAACAUCGAGUUUCUCCGAGCCGUAGAUCAGAACCAUACCCUGGUGACUGGGGUUUAUCAUUUGAACGAUUAUGUUUACGGAAAGAAAAAUGCAAUAAAAAAAUGUGUUCAUGUAAAUUUGAGAAAAGUAAGCAUGCUUCCACAUUGUCUGAUAAACAAUUUAAUUUUGGGAGUCCACGUAAAUUAAUUCAGGAUGCCAGAUUAAAACUUCAUCAUCAUCACGCACAAAAAGAUCAUCGCCAGAUUAUCCGUGCAGCGAAAUUACAGAUAAACGAAGCAAAGCGCCUUAAAGCUGAAAAAAAUAAAAUUAAAAAAGAUACUUUAAGUCAGGUUCAAAAUGAUGGAAAAACUGAACCAAUAUUUGGAAGCUGUUCAACAUUUAGUCCGAGAAACUUUAAAAUAGUAGAAACCAAAACAGAACAUGCUAUUUCUGGGAAGAGUCCAAGUGAAUUUUUUUUUACUGGACAUAGAAAUGUACAAACGUCUUCCAAUUCACAGAGUUUGGACUUGGGUGGUGCUUUUGGAAAGCCCAGUACCUCGACUGAUAAUUCUAAUAGAGUAGAGAAAAGUUGUUCUCAAGAAGCCACUAUUGAAGAUUUAAGUGUGAACGAGUUGGCAGGAUAUUUUGAAGAUUUUGUUCACAUCCCAAAGAAAAUGUCUGUCAUGGCAGAAAUGAUGUAUACUUGA